AUGGCCGGAAACGACUCUAUUAUCACAAAACUCGAUGAGCUACUUUCUCAGCUUAUUACUGACUGGAACAUUUACACAACUUGCCUUGCUACUCUUCUGAUUACUUACAUAAUUUUCAUUGCCUUCUGUUCAAAAGAACCUGACGCACACCCUUUUCUAGUCUCGCGACAAGCUACAGAAGCUCCUGUAAGACAACCAGGAGAAUCCGCAAUCCUUCGAGCUCUGGAUGUGCCUCAUGGCUACCCCCUCAAAGCUGGUCUCGGUGUGAAAGACCCAGGAGCGCCAGUGUGGUCGCAUGGAAGAAAUGGCGAUUUGCGGGAUAUCUGGAGAAGUGCUGUCAAAGGGUCUCUGAACAAGGACGGCACACCAUCUGGAAAGCGUGGGAAAAUAUUCACAGUUCUUGGGAAGAGUAUCAAAGAGCAUGAUUUGGAUUCUGUUUCCAAAGAAAUAAAUGUUAUUGGCAAAUAUAUCCGUGCUUCAAAUGCUCGAAAUGUCGCUAUCUGCCUAUGUGACUCUGUGGAGCUGCUCUCUACUAUAUUUGCUGGCUCCUUUUAUGGAAUAAAUAUUAUCCUGAUUCCUCAUAAUCUUCCCGCAGAUAAGCUUGCAAUAUACCUUCAGCAAAGCAAGGCAGAAUUCCUCGUUGCCGAAGCGGGCGCUGUGGACAUCGAUGUCUUAUACAAAGCCUGUAAAUCAUUGGAGAAUGUGAUUUUGGUUACUAAAGCAGGUAACCAGCAUCUUGACUGGAACCAGGCUCCUAAUGAGUUCAACAAUACAUUGAGGGUUGCGGUUUGGAAGGAUUUAGUGAAACAGCACGAGUCAAUCGGCUCCGAAUUACCGUCAUCGGAUUUUAUCACCACAAUGCCAUCAAUAUCUACCCUCUGGACCACCCCUACUGGGUUUGGAGUCUUUGUUGAAUAUACAACUGCGAACUUGAUAUCUGCUGUUGCGACACUUGGGAGUUCGUUUCCUCGAAACGAACGGCUGACGGAUGCCGAUCUUCUUCUCACAAUUGACUCUCUGUCGCAUACGUAUUCGCUUUGUCUUACUCUUGCGGCUCUUUACGCCAAUUCCUCUAUUGCCCUUAACUCUGUAGCUGGCGAAGUUGUCGAUCUAGCACUUGCCACAGCCGGUGUUUCGCCCACAAUAUUGGUUGCAUCUUCACACACCAUAUCUGAUUAUCAUGCGCAGCGUAUGGGUCCGACCAUGGGACCCGUCGCCAACCUGGGGAGAUAUUUCAAGACUCGUAUUCUGGAUUCUGGCGUUAUGACAACUCGUGAUUGGCUUUGGCAACUAUCAAGCACUGCUCCUACUGCCGAGCUCUCUCUCAACAGGCUUCGAAUGUUAUUCAUCUCUCAUCGAGCGGAUGGGGACAAAAAUAACCAGCUUACCUCCGACCAGUUGACAGACUUAAGAAUUUUUACUGGAGCCCGAGUAGUUUAUGCACUUACAGCUCAGAAUAUUGCUGGUGCUGUGUGCCAAACACUUGCAUAUGAUUACAGAAGACAUUCUGGAUAUAGCCAUUUCGGACCCCCUGUAAAUAGUGUUGAGCUCAAACUAAUAGGGUAUAAAGAACAGGGCAAUAGCGAAAGAGCGACAGAAGGCGAAAUUCAUGUUUCUGGCCCUGCUGUUGCUGGUGGGCAGCACUCGACAGGCAUCCAGGCUCAGAUUCGAAGUGACAACACACUUGCACUGCUGGCCUGA